AUGAAUAAUCAAGGGUUUUUAGGUGUUAAUAGUGACCAAGCCAAGUCAGAUGCCACCAAGUCAGUCAAUAUCGGUAAAGAUGUUGAUGCCGGAACAUUAGGAAAUUUAAAUAAAAUUGCGAAAUCAAAUGAGAUCAAAGAUCCGCAUCCACUCUCCGAUAAGGAACUUGCAGAAAAUGCACAGUUGAGAAUUACUUUACUUGGUAUCUCAAUGGAAUCAUUUCUUUUCAUUUGUGUUAAUGAAAAUGGUGUGAAGUUCCCAGUAGAACUUGCAGGUAUUGCACACACAAACAUUACAUCCAGUUCACCAAUUAUUCGUAAUUUAUUUAUUGAUUUCUUUGUUGAAAAUCUCUUAGACAAACAAUUCUUACUCAGAAUUCACACAAAGUCGCCAAAUGGCUAUGUAGGUACUCUUACUCAAGGAAAUCGCGAUAUUGGCGCCACAAUGCUAAUCAAAGGCAUUGUUCGUUUCAAUUCACUUACAUCAAACUAUCUUUCGAAGCCAAACCAUUUCCAAGCUCUCGAGACAACAGCCAAGCGUCAAGGAACUGGCAUUUGGGCCGAUACAAAUUACAAAGAAAUUCGGACGAAACCAUUUCCAGCCCAAAUUCUUGCCAUUCCAUCCUCAAACACCUUUACAAUCAUCAACGAGAGUGGCGAUGAAGAAUUGUUCUACUUAAGUACCGUCCAUUGCCCAGAUUUCAGUUUCAAUGGAAUUUCAGAGCCAUUUGGCUUCGAAGCCUGGAAUUUCAUCCGCGAAACAGUUAUUGGCAAAGAAGUCUACAUUACACUCGACGACGACCGCGCUGACAAGAAAUUUGCCACAAUCAAAAUCGGAAACGAGAUUUUGAACGAAAUGCUCUGCAGAAAAGGCCUCGCACUCCUCUCCAUCAACCGUGUCCGUAAGAACAGCGAUUACAUCGAACAGAUCCGAAAUGCCUACCUUUAUGCCCAAGAAAAUCAAAUUGGAAUUUUCGGAUCCGAAAUCCCCAAACCAGUCCUCGUCAAAGAGCUAAACAGAGAGGACAGAGAUCUCCUGAUGGCAGACGAGUACUCCAGGAACGUCAGAGCUAUCAUUGUCGAAGUAACAGGUUCGGUUUACUUGAAAUUGUUUGUUCCAAGUUUACAAACAAUUUUGAGAGUAUCUUUGGUCGGAUUAGUCCCCUUACAAUCCAAUGACUGGACAUCACGCCGUGCUAUGGAAGUAUUAAGGCGCUGCUUCCUCCACCACGAAGUAGAUGUAACAAUCACUCGUUAUGCAGAACAUUCCCGAUAUUACAGAGUUUUGAUUUACGAUUCGAUUUCAAAACUCGAUGCACGUGUUCCUCCUGUCCACGAAGGCCUUGUUCACUACAACAAGCUUGCAACAGACGAUCCAUCGACAAACAAGGAUGAGUUAGAACAGCACGCUGAAGAAGCCAGAUCCAAAUCCAUUGGUAUCUUCAAAUCAGAAGGAAGGAAUUCAUCACAGAUUCCAAAAGACAAAGCAAUUCCUGUCAUCAUUACCAAAGUAAUUGAUGAAACAACUUACGCCGUACAAGCUCAAAAUGACAAUUCAACAAAAGUCAAUGAGCUUCUGAAGGCGGAUUUCCCACAACUAGAAUUGCUUCCAAUGGAAGACCAGUACGUAAUCAUGGUCAGAAAUGGUGUGAACUACAGAGCACAAGUUGUGAGAAAUCGUGGACCAGAAGUGUUCGUUAAUUUAAUUGAUUACGGUGUUGAUGUUUGGUCAUUUGUUUCUGAUCUGAGGAAAUACGAUGAUGAAUUGAUGCAGUACCAACCAAAUGGAUUUGUUGUAUCACUCGCUUUCAUUCAGCCAUUUAGAAACAGAUCGAAACAGUUCACUGAAACAUGUUUGAACUAUAUCGCAAACAUUUUCGCACUUGGAAAUAGUGUUUACAUAAGAAGACCUUUCGAUAGAGAACUUCCUUGCGUAAUGAUGAUGAUGAAUGACACUCCUGCGGCAAUGACUCUGCAGUACGCAUUAGUUCAUGACGGAAUUUGCACUGUAAUUGAUGAAGACGUGCACCAGCUAUUCCUUCCUGUUGUAAAGGAACUCAGAAAGGUAAUGGCAAACGCAAAGGAAAAUAAGUUUGGAGGUUGGAGCUUACAAGAAUCUCUUAUAUAA